AUGUCCGAUAACGAUGAUGAUUUCAUGUGCGACGACGAUGAGGAUUAUGGAUUGGAAUACUCUGAGGAUAGCAACUCGGAACCAGAUGUGGAUCUGGAGAAUCAGUACUACAACAGCAAGGCCUUGAAGGAGGAGGAGCCCAAGGCGGCACUGGCCAGUUUUCAGAAGGUUCUCGACCUGGAAAAUGGUGAAAAGGGGGAGUGGGGUUUCAAGGCGCUGAAGCAAAUGAUCAAGAUCAACUUUAGACUGUGCAACUACGAUGAGAUGAUGGUGCGCUAUAAGCAGCUGCUCACCUAUAUCAAGAGCGCCGUGACCAGGAAUCAUUCGGAAAAGAGCAUCAACUCGAUCCUGGACUAUAUAUCCACAUCAAAGAAUAUGGCCCUGCUGCAGAACUUCUACGAGACCACCCUGGAUGCCCUUCGAGAUGCCAAAAACGAUCGCCUGUGGUUCAAGACCAACACCAAGCUGGGCAAACUCUACUUCGACCGCAGCGACUUCACCAAACUGCAGAAGAUACUCAAGCAGUUGCAUCAAAGCUGCCAGACUGAUGAUGGCGAGGACGACCUGAAAAAGGGCACACAGCUCCUGGAAAUCUAUGCCCUUGAGAUUCAGAUGUACACGGUGCAAAAGAACAACAAGAAGCUGAAGGCCCUCUACGAACAGUCGCUCCACAUCAAGUCGGCCAUUCCACAUCCACUGAUCAUGGGAGUCAUCCGCGAGUGUGGCGGUAAAAUGCAUCUGCGAGAGGGCGAGUUCGAAAAGGCACACACGGACUUCUUUGAGGCGUUCAAGAACUACGAUGAGAGCGGAUCUCCUCGAAGAACCACGUGCUUAAAGUACUUGGUGUUGGCUAAUAUGCUGAUGAAAUCAGGAAUAAAUCCCUUUGACUCACAAGAAGCCAAACCGUACAAGAAUGAUCCAGAAAUCCUGGCCAUGACGAAUUUGGUCAACUCCUAUCAGAAUAACGACAUUAAUGAGUUUGAGACCAUUUUGCGGCAGCAUCGCAGCAACAUCAUGGCCGAUCAGUUUAUCCGGGAACACAUUGAGGACUUGUUGCGGAACAUUCGCACCCAAGUGCUUAUUAAACUAAUCAGGCCGUAUAAAAACAUUGCUAUACCCUUCAUAGCAAAUGCGCUAAACAUUGAGCCAGCCGAAGUGGAAAGCCUGCUGGUCUCCUGUAUUCUAGAUGACACAAUCAAGGGUCGCAUCGACCAGGUUAACCAGGUGCUCCAGCUAGAUAAGGUCAACAGCAGCGCCUCUCGAUACAAUGCCCUGGAAAAAUGGUCCAACCAAAUCCAAUCACUGCAGUUUGCCGUGGUCCAGAAAAUGGCCUAAGUACAGCUUGUUCUAUACCAUGGUUUUGAGACCGAUUAAAAAUUAUAGAAUUUAAAAAGUUA